UUUGGUUAUAAAAGUUAAUUCGCUAAACUGUGUGUCAGCUGACUGUGAAACAGCGCCGCUGGUUGAAACAUAGCGCACGGCGGCACUUAUUUCGUUUUGUUUGUUGAAACUGCGAGCUUAACUCAGUUCAAAAUGCGCACAGCAGCGAGAUCAGCGCGCGUGCUCUUCUCAACGCGUCUGCAGCCAUGGAGCGGACUAAAGAGCUCCGCAAAAAGCCUGUAUAGCCCUGCAGUGUGUUGCCAGAGGAAGAAGUCUUCAUAUACUCCUCCUCCUGCUAAAUAUGGAGGCAGACACACGGUGACUUUGAUCCCUGGUGACGGUAUUGGACCAGAACUGCUGAACCACGUCAGAGAGCUUUUCAGGUUCUGCUGUGUGCCUGUGGAUUUUGAGGUUGUCAGGGUGGAUUCGUCUGCUUCCUCUGAGGAUGACAUCAAUGAUGCGGUAACUGCAAUCAAACGUAAUGGAGUAGCACUUAAGGGUAACAUAGAGACUAAUCACAACCUUCCUCCAUCUCAUAAAUCCAGGAACAAUUUGCUCCGCACAUCUUUAGACCUGUAUGCUAAUGUCAUGCACUGUCAGUCUCUUCCUGGAGUCCCGACCCGACACCGAGACGUUGAUGUGAUCAUCAUUAGGGAGAAUACAGAAGGAGAGUACAGCAGCUUGGAGCACGAGAAUGUUCCCGGGGUGGUGGAGAGUCUGAAGAUCAUAACCCGUGUGAAUUCAUCGCGGAUCGCUGAGUAUGCCUUCAACUUGGCCAGAGAGAAAGGUCGCCGCAAGGUCACGGCAAUACAUAAAGCUAAUAUCAUGAAACUUGGCGAUGGUCUUUUCUUGCAGAGCUGUAAAGAAGUGGCGGCUGGAUAUCCUGAUAUCAUAUUUGAUAACAUGAUCGUGGACAAUACCACCAUGCAGCUGGUCUCUAAGCCCCAGCAGUUUGACGUGAUGGUGAUGCCUAAUCUCUAUGGAAAUGUGGUGAGCAAUGUGUGCGCUGGACUUGUUGGAGGUCCAGGUCUAGUACCAGGAGUCAACUAUGGCAAGGACUACGCUGUCUUUGAGACCGCCACUAGGAACACUGGAAAAAGCAUUGCUAACAUGAACAUUGCAAAUCCUACGGCCACACUUCUGGCAAGCUGCCUGCUGCUGGAUCACUUAAAGCUUUGUGCAUAUGCCAAGAUGAUUCGAAAGGCAGUUCUUCAAACUUUGUCUGAAACGCAGUUGCAGACUGCUGAUUUGGGAGGUCAGUGUACUACAUCUGAGGUGGUCCACUCUAUUAUGCAGGAGAUCCAGAGAGAAGGACCACGCACAUCAGAACAGAUCUGAACUUUAUUUCUGAAGCUUCAAGACCCUCACACACACCUCUAGCUCACAGAGAACACCGAAACGAUUGAAACACAGGGCACAUGGUGAAUUCUUUAAUGUAAAGAUGUUAGUUGGUGUGUUGAAAUGGUGUAUAUUUUUCUUUUGUUAUCUAGCGGUAUAAAUAUUUCUUAUGUUAUAUAACCAUUAUGACCAAGUUGAGUUGAGGCCUAUAUCUGAACUGGACUAGACUGCUGUGGAUUUUAUUUCAUACCCAACAGGUUCUGUAUUGAAUAAAUCUUAUUAAUUUCUUA